AUGGGCAGUCAAUAUGGGCACAUCAUAGACUUGCCCAUUGGAUAUAGGUUUGUGCCAAAAGAUGAAGAGUUGAUGGAGUUCUAUUUGGCGAAGAAGGUGCGCAAUGGGCCAAUUCCACUUGAUGUUAUUAAAGAUGUCGAUGCAGGCGAGAUUUAUAGCAAGCAUCCCAAGACUCUAGUGGAGAAUGUGUGUGAUCAUGAAAAAUCGUGGUAUUUCUUCACUCAUAAGAAUGAUGGUGAUGUAGAAGAAGAAAAGAAAACAAUUCGAAUAGUCGGAGAUGGGAUUGGUUUUUGGAGAGGGCUUCUAGUAGAAGAUCUAAUCUAUAACUCGAAUGGCGAUGUUUUUGCUUUCAAAACUCAUUGGAGAUACUUUGAAGGUCCUAUAAUUAAGGGAAAACGAACAAAUUGGACGAUGGAAGAAUACCGAUUAAGAAAUAAUGCAUCUACAAGUAGUAAUGGCAAUGACCAACAGGCAAUGGAAUGGGUGCUAGUAAGAAUGAAGAAAGGGAGAGUUUACGACUGUUUAUUUUAG